AUGGGGAGCGAAGUAUCUCCCAAAAAGCAAUUCACCGUUGCCAUUGUUGGUGGCGGCAUUGGAGGGCUUGCGCUGGCGAUCGGAUUGCUGCGUCGCAACGUCCCGGUGCAAAUCUAUGAAGCUGCCCCGGCCUUUCGCGAGACCGGGCUGGGCCUGUCAAUUGGACCUGCGGCGCAUCGCGCUUUGCCUCGGAUCGACCCCAAACUUCGAGUAACAUACGACUCGCUUGUUACGACAAACGCGGACAGCCCUGGAUUCGAGCGGUUUCGAGACACAUGGUUCGAGGUUGUUUGGGCGUCUGGGGACGAUGAGGGUGAGCUCAUGAUGGAUCUGAAAGCGUUGCCCUCUGGACAGACUACGUUGCGUCGGGCGGACUUCCUGGCGGCGUUGGUGGCUAUGAUCCCCGACAACACGGCACACUUCGACAAGAGAUUGGUCAGCCUCACAGAGAGAGCCGAUUCGGUGCAACUGUCCUUUGAAGAUGGGACAACUGUUGCUGCUGAUGUGGUUGUCGGAUGCGACGGGAUCAAAUCCAGGGUAAAGGAGUUUAUGCUUCCCGAAGAGGUGGAGCAGACGAGACCUCGGUACAGCGGCAUGUACUGUUAUCGCGCAGUUUUGGAGAUGCAAGAUGCAGUGACCGCAGUGGGCAACCACAGGGCUAGAGUCGCCACAUGGUACAUAGGGAGUGGAUGCUACGCGAUAACCUACCCCAUUAUGAACGGAAAGAAGUUGAACUUUGGUAUGUACAAGUUGGAUGAGGAGGCAUGGGACAGUGACGGUUGGGUUCGCCCUGGGACCAAGGAAGAUCUCGACAGCGACAUGGGCCACAUGGGUUCGUACGUCAACGCGCUGAUGAAGUACGUGUUGGAUACAUCACAGUGGGCAAUUUUCGAGCACCCCCCAGUUUCGAGCUACUGCCGAUCUCGAGUCGCGAUACUGGGGGAUGCAGCUCACGCCUCGACCCCUCACCAAGGCGCCGGCGCCGGCCAGGCCAUAGAGGACGCCCUCGUGCUCGCUGAACUCCUGGCUGACAAUGCGGUGGUCACUCCAGAGGAUGUUGUAGCGGCUUUCAGGGCAUACGACAGUGUCCGCAGACCGCGCAGCCAAAAGGUAGUCACGAGCAGCAAGGAAAACGCCGAUUUGCUGUGUCUUUGCCACGAAGGCAUCAGGGAUGAUGGGAACAAGCUCAGGCAGGCGUGGAAUGAGCGUUUCCAAUGGUUAUGGAACCUUGAUAUUGACGAGCAUAUCGGGAGUGGACGGGAUCACUUACACCGGCAUCUGCGGAAUGAAGGGGGGCAGUGGAGCUAG